CCCCACCUCUUAAAGGCCCCACCACCUCCCAAUUGAGGACCAAGGGCCGUUGGGGACAUUCAAGGUCUAAAGUAUAGCACGGGUAGGGGAGAUGGGAAAACGCACUUAAGGCCUUGUGAGUCAUGGGAUUCGGCAGUGGGGGCCACAAGGAGGGCGAUGGCUGAGUUGACUGGAAAGUGGACAGGAAGUUGUCACCAGCACGGGAGCCAGAAGAACUCAAGGCAGAGGGGCCAGAUUUUCUCUAUCCUGUUCUGGGAGUAGACAGGACUCCUGCAGGGCCCCUGGGCUCUGGGGGACCCGACAUCCGGUGACACUGGAGAGCAACAGUCCCCGUAAGUAGGGGAUAGGUCAUGGCAGCGCCAGGACAUCCAGACUUUGGUCUUUGCCCACUGCUGGCGGCUGAAGCACAGAACACCCCGAUAACGGUCUUCCCGCCCCUCCCCCGCCUCCCCCUGCUCACUGGUCCUUCACCCUGUCCGUCAAGCCUGUCCGCCAAUCAGCACCCGGGCCCGGGCUGGGUUCUCCCGGGCACUAUUUCAGCAUCUUUAGGGGUGGUGGCCCCGGCACAGAGAGGAGUGACAGCCGCUCGGGACCUCAGCUCUGAGGAGGAACCCAGGACGUCAAGCAUAGCCUGUGGGGCCCAUGGAUGGGGAUUUAGCCGCUGGCAAGAUGGCGUCGCCCACCUGCGCCGUGGGUCCCAUUGACAGCCUGGAGCUCCUGGACCUCCUUUUUGACCGGCAGGAUGGCAUCCUGCGACACGUGGAGCUGGCCGAAGACUGGGGCCCCGCUGCCGAGGACCAGGCGCUGCCCGGGUCAGACUCCGAUGACUUCCUGAACUCCAUCCUGGGCCCUGGUGACUCAGCCCCCAGCUCCCCGACCUGGUCCCCUGCGGCCAGUGACAGCAGUGUCUCUGAGGACCUGCCCUCCGACCCCCAGGACAGCCCUCCACGCGGCGGGGGCCCAGGCACCGCCCUGGCUAGCUGCCCUUCCUACCUCUCCAACCCCCCGGGUCCUGCCAGGGCCCCCAGGACACAGGUGCUGGAGGCCUCCGUGGCCAUAGAUCUGGACAUGUGGAGUGCAGGAGCCCUCUACCCCGGGCAGCAGGCCGGCUCGCCUUCCUGCUUUGACCUGACCGUGAAGGAACUCCUGCUGGCCGGUGGCAGCGGGGACCUGGGACACCUAGAGUCCUUGACUCUGCUUCCACCCUAUUUCACUCUGCAGUAUGAGGAGCGCAUGCUGAAAAAGAUCCGCCGGAAAAUCCGCAACAAACAGUCGGCCCAGGAAAGCAGGAAAAAGAAAAAGGAAUACAUUGAUGGCCUGGAAACUCGGAUGUCAGCCUGCACUGCCCAGAACCAGGAGCUGCAGAGGAAGGUCUUGCAUUUGGAGAAGCAGAAUCUGUCUCUCCUGGAGCAGUUGAAGAAACUCCAAGCCCUCGUGGUGCAGUCCACCAGCAAGUCUGCCCAGACGGGGACCUGCAUAGCCGUCCUGGUGUUGUCCUUCGCCCUCAUCGUCCUCCCCUCCAUCAGCCCCUUUGUCUUCAACAAAGCCGAGAGCCCCGGGGACUUCACGCCAGUGAGAGUCUUCUCCAGGACGCUGCACAACGACGCAGCUUCACGUGUGGCCCUGGGGGACAUCGCACCAGGCACUGACACCCCUGGCUCCCUGCAGGACACUUCGGCGUCCCACGAAGAGGCCCCGGGCAGCCUGGGGGCAGACUGGGGGGCCUUUCUGGACAGGCUGGACUUGGCCAAUGCCACAAAGGAGCCGGACAACUCGAGCCUGGUCCUGGGCAACGCAACGGGCGAGCUAGGCCAGGCUGCCAUGCUGGGCUGGGUGGCGCCAGAGCCAGUGCUGAGCCCCGGGCAUGCCGGGCUAGAGGCAGCAGGGGAUGAGCUCUGAGCACCCCUGAGACCUGGUCUCGGGGUGCUUUGAGGGUCCUGCCGUGGACAGAAGCAGACCUAGGGGACUCAAGGCUGGAGAGUCCCGUAGGGACCCCAGCUGCACCCAGGGACUGACAGAGGCCCCCGAAACAGACAGAGGACAGACUCAGAAGCACCCCCAGCACCCCAUGGACCUUUCUGGACGUUGAUGUGGACACUGCCACAAGCACCCCCCCUUUUCUAAGACUGCACAAGCUUGAAUAAAGUAUUUUGACAGAA